AUGGCUGUAUCAUGUGAUAUGGUUCGGGAUCCGGACCACCGAAAGCUCUUUCGCUUUGAGAGGUUCAAUGCUGUGCAAAGUCUAUGCUUUGACGAAGUCUACAACUCGGACCAGAAUCUGGUCAUUUCUGCCCCUUCUGGCUCAGGGAAAACAGUGAGCAGUGGCGUUCAGGUCUUGCUUGAAUUGGCUAUUUUGCGUUUGCUGGAACAAAGUGCAUCUCGAGUUUUGCCUGAGCAACACACGGUCCUUUGCGUGUGUCCUACUAAGGCUCUUUGCUCAGAAAGAGCAAUAGAGCAACUCAGGCUGGCUUGCGACACAUUCGAAACAAGCUUAACCCUCCCAACCGUCAUUGCAGCCACUGACAUCCUCGUCACUACUCGUGAGCGUUACCAGUGCAAUCCAUCAUCGGGUGGGCAGAGUAUGCAGAGCUGCAUGCAGCCGAGAAUCUGGACAUGGCCACACGUUUGCUGGGAUAUCAGAAAAUCCUAUUGUCUUCCGUGGGAGAACAUUAAGGUUUUGUGCACUACCAGUACUUCUGCCCAGGGCAUAAGCCUUCCUGCGAGACUCUGCGUGGUCAAAAGCACGAUUGCAUACAAAGAAGGAAAAUAUAGUGAGUACGACGAAAUCGAGAUGCUGCAGAUGAUAAGAAGGGCGGGGCGCGCUAACAUUGACACAUGCGGGGUGGCAGUCAUCAUGUCACCCCAUGACAGUUACGCAAAAUGGAAUGAGCUGACUUCUGGCCAUCAGCGUAUCUGUUCAAAGCUGCCGGAGGAGUUCGCGGAGCAUUUAGCUACCGAAGUGGCCCUCGGCACGGUACAAAAUUCAGCCGACGCCUCCGCGUGGCUCGACGCAACAUUUUGGGGCGUGCAAGUGCCCUUCGAGAGCAUCCAGGCUGCGCGGGAUUUCAUAACUUUCCAACUGGAUAAACUGAACCUAGAAGCGUUUGAAAAACUACCUGUGGAUGACCUGCUUCGCUCACUAAUGCAGCUCGUGGCGUCUGCAUACGAGUUUGAAGACUUCGCACCGAGACGCGAGCACAAAAAGCCCCUGCGCGAGUCCAGCAACCAUCCCCGAAUGAAAUGGCGUCUUAAGCAUUGUGCCAUUAACGCAAAGGAAAAGGCCUUCGUGCUCAUGCAGGCUGCCAUAUUCGGAAUUCGCAUCGACCAAGUGAUGUGUUUGCAAGAGUGCGCAUUGGCGAGGAACCUUGGUCGCACCUAUUGCUGUGUACAAACGCUUGCAAGAAGCCUCAGGAAACGAAUUGCCUGGGAAACGCCAGAGCAGCUCACGCAGCUUCCAGGCACGGCCAAUGCCUCAUGCGCUCUACUACCAGGACUAAAUUGGCCUAGUCGAGUUGCCCUCGAUUUGCUUGUAACUGAGGCGGCGCACUUUCAGAGUUUGCAGAGGCUUUGUGCCGCUCUGCCGCGCUUCAUUGUGGCCUUGCAUAGCAGGGGGGACCUUGCGAAGAUCAGCCUUUUAUCCUUCAAUUUGCGGAAAGGCCAAGAGGGAGUGUGCGGUGCCUUUGAAGCGCCAGAAAUCUGCUACCAGAUCGUUUGCUAUUCGGAGAAGGGGGAAAUUCAGUUCGUCCGGCGUCUGAUGCCCCCUAGACUCAACAGCCAACUCGAGCUGUUCUUUCGCAUAAAUAAUGCACGACGCAUAGUGUGUCGAGUGGUGGGUGCUACCGCCGUUGCUGUUCUCUCUCCCUUGCUCUGCUUCAGUGCUCCCUCUGUGCCAGAUCUGCCCGGAAUUCGUGGGGUUGGACGUCAAGGAGGAGGUGCUUGUGCAGGAUGUGCAGAUUCAAGAUGCUAUCCACGUGUUUUCGUGCCUGCUGCAGAAGGCUGUACCCCGGCGGCCUCCGCCAGCAAUGCAAGUGCCACGUUUUAUGCGCACUCCGCGGAGAGCGGCAGUCAAGACAGUGGGAGAGGGAUGGAAAAAUUCGCCUUCCCCGACGGCUCCUUGCCCGCAAAGGGGCGGCGCCCAUGCAGAGAGCACGUAGGGGGAGGCACGACCGCUACAAGUAGCGUCUUUGAGCAUAACUGGAGCGAACUCGCAGGCAGUUCCAAACGCAGGAAAAACGCAGCUAAAGGUCGGGAGGCUGCGGGAAAAAGCAACAAUAAAACUCAAAGGAAAGUCCUUCCUCGAUCCUUCGCAAGUCUGCGCGUUACAGCAACAGGGGAGUCCGCAUGCAAGAAGUCAAAGAGGCAUACUGAGAACUGCGUUGCGGCUAUGGCCGAAGCCAACUGA